UUGAAUAAGUGGAAAAAUCUUUCAGAGAUACUAAAUAUUCAUCUUAGAAGAACUGAAAAAGUUUAAACUCGAUUUUCUCGAAGGGACCUUUUUUGAGUUGUCACAUUAUUGCUGUCAACGUGCGAUAUAUCAGAAUGAAUGUCACAGCUGUAGUUUCAGUUUUUUGGGAAAAUCUGUAUAUGUAUCAACUUAAUAGAUAUUUAUGGUUUCUUAUCAUGGGCAAAAAAAUAUCACAAUUUUUUACAAAUUUUUUUAGAAGCAAAAAUGCUCGAGUAAAUCAUUUCUGUCUUGGAGAAUGCAUUGACAUCGAGAACUUUCUAAGCAAAUUGUGUUAUUGUAUAGUGAAAAUUUAAGUUUAUUUUGUUAAUAAUGGAUGUACCUCAAUGUUUAACAAGACAUGUGACGAAUGAAGAAGCCGCUAGAAACAUCGCGCUCAUAGAAGAUGGCCGCAGUCAUAGAUACGUCGCCGGGGUAAUUGGAGUUCAACAAAGCACAAUAUCCAGAAUAGUUAUUCGCUACCAAGAAACAGGGUAGCUAACCAGAAGACCCGGACAAGGCCGCGAAAGGGUAACUUCGGUAGUAGAUGAUCGUUAUUUGAGGUUAACGGUGUUAAGAAUUAGGCAUACCACCGCUCGAUAUCCGCAUAUUCGGAUUAUUUCGGGGAAAAAUUUCCUUUUUUUUAUUUUUCGGGUUAGGGUGCCUUCGGGUAGUUGUACUUCUUAGAAUAUAUCCUGCCACUGUUUGUGAAUCCAAAAUAUUUGAACGUACGUAAGGUAUAGAUUCAAGAUCAAGAUUCAAGAUAAUAUAUAACAAAAAAAUAAAUAAUUAACAGAAUAUAGAUUUAAACUUUUUCUGCGAAAAAUUCGACUCAUUUUGCUUAAACCACUGGGAAGUGUUCAUGCGGCGGCCCUUAAAAAAUUUCUGGUUAAAAAACUCUGAUUCAUAUAAUCAAAAAUAAAAUGGAUUCUAAUAAGCUAUUUACAUUUAUCUUGUUAUUUAACUCGUAAGUGUCAAACUUAUCUAUCGAUCCGUGUAACAAUGAAAUUACUCACGAUUUGACACCGCUGUAAUCUAGUUUUCCUGAAGUACGCACGCCUUUCGUAAUUUACUACCUCGCCACUCGCCGUCGAGCUAAAGCACGAUAGUAAAAUUGCACGUGAGUGUAUAAUAACGUUCCUGGUGGAAAUGAUAUAAUACAGUGAGUGGAUCUCAUUUUGUGAAUGUGUGUGUUUUACUAAAUUAACAAUUAACCCAUACGCAUUUUGUCCGGUAUUUUGUAGACCUAAAUUAAUUCAAUAUGGCUUCACGAUUUAAAAGAAUAGCAGUAGGUGGUUUAACGGGAUGCGUUGGAGCAGGUAUUGCUACGUAUUUCCUUCUUCGAGACGACGGUAAGACAUCGUGGCCAGUAGCAGUUAGCGCAAAGGAAAUUAGUCUAAAACCUAAACGAAUAUUACCUUCAAGAUCCGAUCAACUAAAAUCUCUUCAAACCGAAAAAUUCGAUAUUGUUAUUAUUGGUGGUGGAGCUACCGGUGCUGGAUGCGCUUUAGAUGCAACUACACGAGGGCUGAAGACUGCACUUAUUGAAGCCGAUGAUUUUGCCAGCGGAACGUCGAGCAGAAGCACGAAACUGAUCCACGGAGGAGUCAGAUAUCUCCAAAAGGCAAUAAUGCAAUUAGAUUACGAGCAAUAUAGAAUGGUUCAAGAAGCACUUCACGAAAGAGCAGUUAUGUUACAUCAAGCUCCACAUUUAGCACAUCCAUUACCUAUUAUGUUACCAGUAUAUAGGUGGUGGCAAGUUCCUUACUACUGGGCUGGUAUAAAAAUGUACGAUCUGAUAGCCGGUAGACAAACCGUAAAAUCUUCUUAUUUCCUAUCAAAAAAGAAUGCUCUAGAGCUGUUUCCUAUGUUAAGGGGUGACAAAUUGGUCGGCGGACUGGUAUACUAUGAUGGUCAACAAGACGAUGCCAGAAUGAACUUGGCAAUAGCCAUAACGGCAACUGUACACGGAGCUACGAUAGCCAAUCACGUCAGCGCUACUAGUUUAAUAAAAGAGAAACGCGAUGGAAAAGAAGUAAUAUGCGGUGUAAAUGUUAAAGACGAAAUGACCGGUAAGACUUGGAGUAUACCUACGAAGUGUGUCAUCAACGCUACUGGACCUUUCACAGACAGCAUUAGAAAAAUGGAUAAUCCGAACGUUAAAGAAAUUUGCAGUCCCAGUAGCGGGGUUCACAUAACUUUACCAGGGUACUACAGUCCAGAACAAAUGGGUCUUCUGGAUCCCGACACUAGCGAUGGUAGAGUAAUUUUCUUCCUACCAUGGCAAAGACACACAAUCGCCGGUACCACAGAUUUGCCCUGUAAAGUGACACAUAAUCCGAAACCAACAGAAGACGAAAUCAUGUUUAUUUUAGAAGAAGUAAAAAAUUAUCUUAACCCAGACGUAGAAGUCCGAAGAGGAGAUGUACUGUCAGCUUGGAGCGGAAUAAGACCUCUUGUUUCUGAUCCAAAUAAACCCAACACCCAGUCAUUAGCUAGAAAUCAUAUCGUGCACGUUAGUGAAUCCGGUUUGGUUACAAUAGCAGGAGGGAAAUGGACAACUUACAGAUCCAUGGCUGCAGAAACCAUCGACGAAGCGAUUAAAGCUUGUAAUUUAACUCCCAAAUAUAAAGACAGUCAAACAGAUAUGAUGGUUCUUUACGGAGCCCAUGGAUGGACUCCAACCAUGUAUAUUCGAUUGGUACAAGAUUUUGGUUUAGAAUGUGAAGUAGCACAACAUCUGUCAAAAUCUUAUGGAGACAGAGCUUUUGCUGUAGCUAAAAUGGCAUCUUUGACAGGUAAGCGGUGGCCGAUUAUUGGAAAAAAACUUCAUCCUGAAUUUCCAUACAUUGACGCUGAAGUGAGAUAUGGUGUAAGAGAAUACGCUGUUACAGCUGUAGAUAUGAUCGCUAGAAGAGUAAGGCUAGCUUUCUUGAACGUCCAAGCUGCUCAAGAAGCGCUACCUGAUAUUGUUAAUAUCAUGGCUGAAGAAUUAGGUUGGUCCGAAGAGGAAAAGAAGAACCAAAUGAAACAAGCUUCAGAAUUUCUUCAAAACGAAAUGGGUCAAAAUGUGAACCGGGCUAGUAGAGACAAAAUACCAAUUAAUUUAAGUAAAGAAGAAAUACAACUUUACAUUAAAAGAUUCCAAUACAUCGACAAAGACCGAAAAGGAUACGUAUCUAUAAAUGACAUUAGGAGAAGUCUAAAAUCAUUAGGAAUAAAACUUACCGACGACGAAGUCCAUGUUUUAUUAUCGGAGAUCAACCUAAUGUUUAAUGGUCAACUGGAUCUAGCAGAUUAUUUACACAUGAUGUCCGCCAUCAAAUCCGGUCACGUGACAUAUUCCAGAUUCGCAAGAAUGGCCGAAUUAGAAGAAAUCAAACAAGAAACUGAAUUACUCAAAAAGAAAUUAUCUGUUGAACGUAGCGGUGGUGGGCUGUAAGAAAAAGAAAAUUAGGAAUGCACGAAAAAAAAAUAGUGAUUCCUUUUCAAAAUGGGAUUAGAUGUACUAUUCUAUUCCAUAUCUAUUUUAGUCCAUAUCUAUUUAUUUUUAUUUAUUUAUUAAAUGAUCUGUAAGUUUUAUUUUAUGGAAAGACUUUUUGAGAAUAAAAAAUGUCGCUCGAUAAGAAUAGAAUGUUUGGAGUAGAAAAUAUCUGCUCCGUGCUUAAUGUCUAUAAUGGAAGUAGAAAACUUCCGGAUAUCCGGAUUUAAAUUUGAACUAAGCAAUAAGUACAAAACUUUAUGCAACUCCAGAUUGUAAUAAGAUUAGUCUUUCACUUUUGGCUACUGGCAAUUUCAAAUCCUGAAAUAUUGUUGGUGUUAACGCUGGAUAAAAAUGACCAAUGUGGAUUUUCCUAUACGCUGCGGCAUUGAAACUAUCUGCAAUGGCAACAAUGACACAAUUAUAAAAAGAAAUCUGAAAAAUUUCAUUUAAACAUGAUUAGAUACAACACCUGGUGCGUGUAAUAAAAUCAGUUUUUUACCUUUACCUUUGAAUUAUAUUAUAGGAGAAAGGUUUGUUGGAGUUGACUCUGAUAUAGGAGUUACUUCUCUACAGGGCUGGAGUUGUCGUGAUUGCGUGGGAUUGUGCUUGCUGUCUUGGCUGUAAGGAGGAAACGCGACAACAAUUGACCAGAAGACCAAAAGAGAGUACUUUUUACCUAUGAAAAAGAAUAGAUUGUUUAUAGACUACCUGGAUUUUCGAUAUUCUCAUAGGCUAUGGCGUUGAAAGUACCUGAAAUGGCAACAAGGGCACAAAACCUGAUCCAUUUCAGCAUAUAAAAUAAUCACCUUUUUCCUUUGGCUACUGGCGAUUUUAAUCAAUCAGUUUUUCCAUGCAUUGUAAACGUACUUUUCGUCACAAUAUACUGUCAUCUGCCUUCUGUAUUUAGAAAAUGGCGCAUUUUAUGUUCUUAAAAAUAUUUUAUCUACAACCACUUUAUUUAUAAUGUCAUCGUUCAAUUGACUGGCAUUUUUUUGUAACGAUCUAUGAAACUAGUGUUUUGCUAAUCAUAAAACAAACCAUAAAACACUCGAAAUAAAUUCAGGUAUCAAGAUUUUCAUGUCAAUAUUCAUACUAAUAGACAAAACAAGGUUAUUUAUUAAACUUUUGCUAAUUGUUUUUGUGCCUAAAUAUUUCCAUUUCCAAAUUUAUUCUUAUAAAUAUUAUUUAUUGUGCAAUACACUCUAGGUAUGUUAUUUUUCCUUUGGAAAUUGUUGAAUAAAAAAGAAUACUCA